CGUUGCUGCAACAGCAAUUUCCAAAACUACGAAUCCCAGGGAACCUCACCCCGCUUUCUAUGUCAAUAUGGCCACUGUCAGACAGACAAAGGCACAUCAAUCUCGCCACGAAAUGAAAUUAGCAGACUAGAGGAAGGCGGCUGUCAUUGUGAAAACCGUCUGGUGCCUGUUCCCGUGUCGGGGAUAUAGAAGAGGACUUGUCGCGAGGACCAAUUUAACACCGGGUUAUUAAAUGCAGUGGUGGACGGGGGCCCUAGAUUCUAAGAUCAAGAAACCGUUUACUCCAAAAGGAAGACGUUUUGCACUGAAAACAAGAGUUUCUAUUGGACAGAUUCAGGAUGUCUCGGUAUACUGACGAGCCUCGUUUCACCAUUGAGCAGAUUGACCUGCUCCAGCGGCUGAGGAGGACAGGGAUGACCAAGCCAGAGCUCCUCCACGCCCUGGACAUCCUGGAAAGACUGGAUCACCAGCACGGACACAAGUUCGGACGCCGUCCCCAGCCCGCCUAUCAGGGACCGACGCCCAAUUACAACACUAAUUCAACAUCUUCUUCGGCAUCCUCAUCAACGUCCACGACCGCCACACAGACUGGUUACCUGGAGAAUGGGAGUGGAAGUGGCGGGAAUGGCCUGUCGCCGUCGCCUAGCAACAACUAUGAUAUGUCACCGCCCCCUCCGGCGGUUGUAUCCGACCCGGUUGCUAUGGCAGUGGUGGCGCAGAACGGGCAUGGGGUUGGUGGCGGCGAUGAGCUGGUUGCCGUGACGAACGGAAAGUUGUCUCCACCACGGUUUCCUGACAGUGUAGGCGCGGUGAGUGGCGGCGUGACGGGGAGCGGCUACGGGUUUGAGACCAGCGAGGAGGAACUAGACGUGGACGACAAAGUUGAGGAACUCCUGAGAAGGGACAGUGCCAUAAUCAAGGAGGAGAUCAAGGCAUUCCUGGGGAACAGGCGCAUCUCUCAGGCAGUGGUGGCUCAGGUCACAGGUAUCAGUCAGAGUCGUAUCUCCCAUUGGCUGCUGCAGCAGGGCUCGGACCUUAGCGAACAGAAGAAGAGGGCCUUCUACCGCUGGUACCAGCUGGAGAAGACCACCCCUGGUGCAACUCUGACGAUGCGACCAGCCCCCAUGGCUCUGGAGGACGUGGUGGAGUUGCGGCAGACUCCGCCCCCUAUAAGCUCCACCCCCGGGAGCUUCCGUCUGCGCAGAGGCAGUCGCUUUACCUGGAGGAAAGAAUGUCUGUCUGUGAUGGAGAGUUACUUCAAUGAGAACCAGUACCCUGAUGAAGCUAAAAGAGAGGAGAUCUCUAACGCCUGCAACGCUGUCAUCCAGAAGCCAGGGAAGAAGCUGUCUGAUCUGGAGAAGGUCACGUCUCUGAAGGUCUACAACUGGUUCGCCAACCGCCGCAAAGAGAUCAAGAGACGUGCCAACAUAGAAGCAGCAAUCCUGGAGAGCCAUGGGAUUGAAGUCCAGAGCCCUGGAGGACACUCCAACAGCGACGAAAUCGACGGGAAUGACUUCUCUGACCAGGGCUGUGAGGGUCCUCUGUUUGAGAAGAGAGCUGUGACCAGACCUUUCAGUCUCAGUCGACGAGACCUGUCCUCUCCCACACAGGUUCCCACCCUGCUGCCAAGCUGGCUGGCGGCUUGGCCCGGCUCGGGCAGGGGGGGCUUGGCCGUCCAGAGGGCCAGCUCUCUGAUUUGCCGAUCCUUGCUCUCGGGAGCGAGUCUCGCUCAGGGGGCAGGGACGGAGGGUUCCAGACUGACGGGUGUGUCCUGGUCUGCCCCCUCCCCCCCCUCCCUCCAGGACAACUCCUCCACCAAUCACAGCAAUGCCCUGGAGCACCAGGAUCCCAUCACUCUCGCAGUGGAGAUGGCGGCCGUCAAUCAUAGCAUCCUCGCCCUGGCCACGCAGGCGGGGGGAGGAUUGGCCCUGGGCGGGACAGGCAGUGACAUCAAGACCGAGGUGGUGGAGCCCAACUAGGGGGGGGGGGGGGGGACUGUGGAUGAGCGGGAGGGAGGGAAAGGUGUGUGUAUACAUGACAGUAUGAACGAGGGAGGGAAAGGUGUGUGUAUACAUGACAGUAUGAACGAGGGAGGGAAAGGUGUGUGUAUACAUGACAGUAUGAACGAGGGAGGGAAAGGUGUGUGUGUACAUGACAGUAUGAACGAGGGAGGGAAAGGUGUGUAUACAUGACAGUAUGAACGAGGGAGGGAAAGGUGUGUGUAUACAUGACAGUAUGAACGAGGGAGGGAAAGGUGUGUGUAUACAUGACAGUAUGAACGAGGGAGGGAAAGGUGUGUGUAUACAUGACAGUAUGAACGAGGGAGGGAAAGGUGUGUGUACAUGACAGUAUGAACGAGGGAGGGAAAGGUGUGUGUGUGUGUAUGUGUAUGUGUACAUCACAGUAAGAAAGAGGGAGUGAAUACUACUGUUCAAAAGUUUGGGGUCACUUAGAAAUGUCCUUGUUUUUGCCUUCAUUUCUUAGAACAAGAAUAGACUGAGUUUCAGAAGAAAGUGCUUUGUUUUUGGCCAUUUUGAGUCUGUAAUUGAACCCACAAAUGCUGAUGCUCCAGAUACUCAACUAGUCUAAAGAAGGCCAGUUUUAUUGCUUCUUUAAUCAGGCCGUUUUCAGCUGUGCUAACAUAAUUGCAAAAUGGUUUUCUAAUGAUCAAUUAGCCUUUUAAAAUGAUCAACUUGGAUUAGCUAACACAAUCUGCCAUUGGAACAAGAGUGAUGGUUGCUGAUAAUGGGCCUCUGUACGCCUAUGUAGAUAUUCCAUUAAAAAUCUGCCGUUUCCAGCUACAAUGUCAUUUACAACAUUAACAAUGUCUACACUGUAUUUCUGAUCAAUUUCAUGUUAUUUUAAUGGACAAAAAAAAAGCUUUUUUAAGUGACCCUAAACGUUUGAAUUGUAGUGUAUACGUACGGUACGUGACUGUUAGAGUGUACAUGGCGAUGAGGUUAUAGAGUAUGAAAACAUUGUAUGUCAUGGUGCAGGUAGAGCAUAUUGGAAUGUUAUACUGUAAAUCAGGAGUGUCAAACUCAUUUUGCCCUACGGGUCCUACCUCCACCCCUAUCCCCUCCCUAAUACCUCUACCACCCUAGUAAACCCUUUUAGACUGUUCUAGAGGUGUUGGGAGGCCUGGUUCUACCUCCACCCCUAUCCCCUAAUAGCUAUACCUCGUUACCCCCUAGUACCCCCUUUAGACUGUUCUGGAGGCAUUGCGUUGGCAAGUCUGGUCCUGAAGGUGUGGGUGUAUGUAUGGUAUAUGCUCUUGUCUGUGUGGGUCUAAAGAUUCAGAAUAGUUUAUUAUAGAACCCUGAAAACCUCCCUCUAAGCAUGGAGGACCCCUGCCUUGGCACCUUCUCCCCAAGGUGCUCUGCACACUUUAAUUCUCUUGCUCUCUCAUCACCCCCUAUGCCCGUCAUCACUCUAUCCCUCUCACUCCCUAUGCCUGUCAUCCCUCUAUCCCUACUGCCUGUCAUCCCUCUAUCCCUCACUCCCUAUGCCCGUCAUCCCUCUCACUCCCUAUGCCCGUCAUCCCUCUCACUCCCUAUGCCCGUCAUCCUCUCACUCCCUAUGCCCGUCAUCCUCUCACUCCCUAUGCCCGUCAUCCCUCUCACUCCCUAUGCCCGUCAUCCCUCUCACUCCCUAUGCCCGUCAUCCCUCUCACUCCCUAUGCCUGUCAUCCCUCUCACUCCCUAUGCCCGUCAUCCCUCUCACUCCCUAUGUCCGUCAUCCCUCUCACUCCCUAUGCCCGUCAUCAUUCUAUCCCUCACUCCCUAUGCCUGUCAUCCCUCUCACUCCCUAUGCCCGUCAUCCUCUCACUCCCUAUGCCCGUCAUCCCUCUCACUCCCUAUGCCCGUCAUCACUCUCACUCCCUAUGCCCGUCAUCAUUCUAUCCCUCUGUCUUUGUCUCCCACCUCCAACUUCGCAGUAUAAGGGAGAUGGGAAGUGGUGAGGGUUUAACAGGCCUCUGGAGACAGGAAGUGGUGAGGGUUUAACAGGCCCCUGGAGACAGGAAGUGGUGAGGGUUUAACAGGCCUCUGGAGACAGGAAGUGGUGAGGGUUUAACAGGCCCCUGGAGAAGCCUAUAUAUUCCCUUGUUGUAGCACUACCUAAACUGGUUAGGUUUAAAGCUAGUGAGAUCAGACAUUCAUUAUAUUAUUGUUUACGAAUGAUGCAAUAAAAACUGCCCCUAAAUUCUUAAUGAUGAAGGGAAUAGAUAGAAUCAUGCUAGCUAGUGAGAGGGGCCUUGUGUAUGUGCUUGUUAUGGGGGUAACUAUAAGCAUAUUGUAGCUGUACCCAAAGCAUUUGUUUUUAGCUUUUAACCUUUAUUUAAGGCAACCGACUGAUGUUAUAAUCACGUUCCCCAGUUGAAAGGAAAUUAUUUACGCUUUUAAAAGAUUGCCAAUCAAGGGAGCAUUAUAAAUGUCCCUAUUAUUGGUACUGGGAGUAAUGCAAACACUUAUUUUUCUAUCUGCUUUAUAUGCCAUGACGUGUUCUACACACAAGCUGUUAUCUAAGAUACCUACUUUUAGAUUGUAUUUUAAAAAGACACUUUAUGGGAGAAACUACCAUGGCGCUUCAGUUUCCUCCCCUCGUAGCUUAUUGGUCAUCCUGAGUGAUUGACAGACCAGGCAGGCAAUAGGAGGAAGGAAGACUGAUCUGCUGGCUGACACAUGUUCAAGGGUUAGGGGUAAUUAGGUGUUUUAAACCCCCCCCCUUUACAGGGGUAGUUCACCUUGAAAUUCAAGUUGACUGGUUUAGUUGUGUAGGUCCUAUUAUGAAUAAAUCUGUAGACCUCAACCCCAAACGAUUUGGAAACUUUCUCAUUGCCAGAUUUACACAACGAUUGGAGUGUUGGCUGACCAGCGCACAUGCAAGAUUCAAGGUGCAGAGAUGAGACUAACAUUGUUUGGGGUGAACUGUCCCUUUAAGUCGUCCAGUAUGUCUUGAAUGACAGCCAAGCUGACCCGAGGACGGUUUCUGCUAGCCAUUAACCUAGUGCUUUGUUCUAAUCAAAUAUGUAUCUUACAAGAUAAGAGAUUUCAUAUUUUAUUUUCAGUUUUACUUCCAUGUGUAAAGUUCUGCCAAACAGGAAUGUAUAUUAGAUUCAUGAAAUGCUUUUUAUUUUUUAUAUCAUGUUUUGUGUUUUCCAUUUGAUAUGUGCACAAUCUGCCGUGUGUGUUUUGUGUUUUCCAUUUGAUAUGUGCACAAUCUGCCGUGUGUGUUUUGUGUUUUCCAUUUGAUAUGUGCACAAUCUGCCGUGUGUGUUUUGUGUUUUCCAUUUGAUAUGUGCACAAUCUGCCGUGUGUGUUUUGUGUUGCAUUACUCAAAGGCAAAGCUUCUUCCUUCAGGUUUCUGAGGUCUUUACUCGUCUCUCAAGACCGUUAACCUGAGACGUAAUGCAUAUUAAGUAGCAUACACUUUGGUUUUGCGUCUUUGACAUAAGUCAAAUCUCUGCAUAUUAAACCAGGUUGCAUUUGCUACUUAAUGAACUUUAACCUUUGUGGGAGGUGCUUUGCCUUUGACGUUCCGAAGGAACGAAUAUCGCCAGUCCUUGUAUUCACAUUAUGUAUGAGUGUUAAAUGAGUCCUGUUCUGCUACUUCAGAAUUUAGUGCCUUUUUUGGACAGUAGACUGUUCUGUAAUGAAUAUGUAGAAAACUAUGCCUUUGUUACAUUUUCUCAUUUGUUUACUGUACCUACUAGAGAAUAAAGAAUGUGUGGUUUUGUUGAGCAA